AACAGUCCAAGCAGCUUUCAGAAUGACAGUCUGCAGAAGUAAGCUGAGUGUGUGUGCGGUACGGGGCUCUCCUGCCUUCUGGGCUUCAACGCAGCUCUGUGACUGAACUGGGUGCUCAUCACGGGAACUGCUGGGCUAUGGAAUACAGAUGUGGCAGUUCAGGUAGCCCCACAUUGCCUGGAGGAAUACAUCAUGUUUUCCGAUAAGAAGAAAUUGUAGAAGCCAGUUUUUUUUACACCCCCCCCCCAAAAAAAACUGUAAAGAUGCAAAAACGUAAUAUCCAUGAAGAUCCUAUUACCUAGGAAGAUUUUGACGUUUUGCUGCGAAUGCGGUGUUGGGAUUUAUUUGUUCUUGGAGUGUACUGCGUGGCUGGCAAAGAAUAAUGUUCCAAAAUCGGUCCAUCUCCCAAGGGGUCCAAUUUUUCUUCCUGGGUGUCAGCGAGCCCUGACUCACUACAGUGCAGCUGACAGGGGCUGUCAUGCAAGUGGCCCCUAAGCCAAAGCAAAAGACCUAAGGACGACCUUUGAACAAUACAAAGGAUGGGUUUCAAUGUAAUUAGGCUACUGAGCGGAUCAGCUGUAGCACUGGUUAUAGCCCCCACUGUCUUACUGACAAUGCUGUCUUCUGCUGAACGAGGAUGCCCUAAGGGCUGUAGGUGUGAAGGCAAAAUGGUAUAUUGUGAAUCUCAGAAAUUACAGGAGAUACCCUCAAGUAUAUCUGCUGGUUGCUUAGGUUUGUCCCUUCGCUAUAACAGCCUUCAAAAACUGAAGUAUAAUCAAUUUAAAGGGCUCAACCAGCUCACCUGGCUAUAUCUUGACCAUAACCAUAUCAGCAAUAUUGACGAGAAUGCUUUUAAUGGAAUACGCAGACUCAAAGAGUUGAUCCUGAGUUCCAAUAGAAUCUCCUAUUUUCUUAACAAUACCUUCAGACCUGUGACAAAUUUACGGAACUUGGAUCUGUCCUAUAAUCAGCUGCAUGCUCUGGGAUCUGAACAGUUUCGGGGCUUGCGGAAGCUGCUGAGUUUACAUUUACGAUCUAACUCCCUGAGAACCAUCCCUGUGCGAAUAUUCCAAGACUGUCGCAACCUGGAACUUUUGGACCUGGGAUAUAACCGGAUCCGAAGUUUAGCCAGGAAUGUCUUUGCUGGCAUGAUCAGACUCAAAGAACUUCACCUGGAGCACAAUCAAUUUUCCAAGCUCAACCUGGCCCUUUUUCCAAGGUUGGUGAGCCUCCAGAACCUCUACUUGCAGUGGAAUAAAAUCAGUGUCAUAGGACAGACAAUGUCCUGGACCUGGAGCUCAUUACAGAGGCUUGAUUUAUCAGGCAAUGAGAUCGAAGCUUUUAGUGGACCUAGUGUUUUCCAGUGUGUCCCAAAUCUGCAGCGCCUCAACCUGGAUUCCAACAAGCUCACAUUUAUUGGUCAAGAGAUUUUGGAUUCUUGGAUAUCCCUCAAUGACAUCAGCCUUGCCGGGAAUAUAUGGGAAUGCAGCAGAAAUAUUUGUUCCCUGGUAAACUGGCUGAAAAGUUUUAAAGGUCUGAGGGAGAAUACAAUCAUCUGUGCCAGUCCCAAAGAGCUGCAAGGAGUAAAUGUGAUCGACGCAGUGAAGAACUAUAGCAUCUGUGGCAAAAGUACCACGGAGAGGUUUGAUCUGGGCAGGGCUCUCCCGAAGCCGACGUUUAAGCCCAAACUCCCCAGGCCGAAGCAUGAGAGCAAGCCCCCUCUACCCCCGACGGUGGGAGCCACAGAGCCCAGCCCAGAGACCGAUGCUGACACAGAGCACAUCUCUUUCCAUAAAAUCAUCGCGGGGAGUGUGGCCCUUUUCCUGUCUGUGCUUGUCAUCCUGCUCGUUAUCUACGUGUCGUGGAAGCGAUACCCUGCGAGCAUGAAGCAGCUGCAGCAGCGCUCCCUCAUGCGAAGGCACAGGAAAAAGAAAAGACAGUCCCUAAAGCAAAUGACUCCCAGCACCCAGGAAUUUUAUGUAGAUUACAAACCCACCAACACGGAGACCAGCGAGAUGCUGCUGAAUGGGACGGGACCCUGCACCUAUAACAAAUCAGGCUCCAGGGAGUGUGAGAUACCUUUAUCAAUGAACGUGUCAACCUUUCUGGCAUACGACCAGCCCACAAUAAGUUACUGUGGGGUGCAUCAUGAACUUCUCUCUCAUAAGUCUUUUGAAACGAAUGCACAGGAAGAUACGAUGGAAACACACCUAGAGACUGAGCUGGACCUGAGCACAAUCACAACAGCUGGCCGAAUCAGUGACCAUAAACAGCAGCUGGCUUAACUGAGCUAACUGGUAGCCAAGGGUUGCUACCAAACUUUGUAACCUCAAGGACAAAAUGAGGAAGAUUUGUUCUUUGUGGACUCUAAAAAAAACAAAACAAAACAAAACAAUCCCCUAUUCAAAUAAACAAAAAUCCAAGAUUGAUUCAUGAAAUAAAGAGGACAUGAAUUGUUUCAAGUCUACACUUUGUAAUUAGCUAAGUUGUGCAGUAUUUUUUUGACUUAAACAGAAUAUGACCCUGAAAAAAAAAUCUUUUUUUCAAAACUCAUCCUACCUACCUGUAAAAACUGUACAGAGCUAAUGUAUUUUUCAUAUUGUAAAGUUUCAAUUAUAAAAACAACUGGUAUGUACAGUACCAUAAUUUAAUUACAUUUUACUUUACAAACUUUACACAUUUCAGUUUCUAAAAUUUUAAAUUAACAAAAAUUAUUUCUUGUGUUAUUCAGAGUUACUCAGUUUUGUAGGGACUGUUUUGUUACUGCUUUUGUGCCCAGAAACCUUGACUCUAAAAUUCUGUGCUGUGCGAAACGUGCACGAUUUUUAUUAUGCUUACUGCGUAGAAUUUUAUCUACUUGUUCCAGAAAUAAUACAUUAACCAAAAAGGAUUUAAUUGUUCAGACUUGUAUGAGAUUCUUCAAUUGCAUAGACAGGUUUUUCUUAUAAAUGGAAAAAAAAAAUUUUAACAGUUCUCAGACUUAACUGUUGCCUUGAAUUACAGCCUAGUUUCUAAGCAGUGAAAUGUAAUGAUAAAGAGGGAUAUUUUAACAACAUAAUUCCGAA